AUGACAGGGAAAUUUUUUUUGAAAAUUCAAAACUUUAUUACUAUAAAAGAUAAACCGUGGGAUAAUGAAGACAUAGAUCAUUGGAAAAUCGAACCUUUUAAACCUGAAGAUAAUCCUCAUCCUUUUACUGAAGAAUCAUCAUUUGCAACAUUAUUUCCAAAAUAUAGAGAAAAUUAUUUAAAAGAAGUUUGGCCUCAUGUUACAAAAGCUUUAGAUAAAUAUGGAAUAGCAUGUGUACUGGAUUUAAUUGAGGGAAGUAUGACAGUUAAAACUACAAGAAAAACAUACGAUCCUUUUAUUAUUUUGAAAGCACGUGAUCUCAUCAAACUUUUGGCUAGAAGUGCUGUAAAAAUCCUUGAUGAUAAUGUAGUAUGUGAUAUUAUAAAAAUUGGUAACAUAAUUCGUAAUAAAGAGAGAUUUAUUAAACGACGACAAAGGUUAAUUGGACCAAAUGGCUCAACACUCAAAGCAAUAGAAUUGUUAACUCAAUGUUAUGUAUUGGUUCAAGGUAAUACUGUAUCUGCAAUGGGUUCAUACAAGGGCUUAAAAGAA